AUGAAGUUCAGACGGCCUCAGCUUCGAGUGCCGCAGUCGCGCUCUGCUUUUGCGGAUGGAAGUGCUCGCUGGACCAAUCUCGAUCUCGAUCCGGUUCCUUUUCAUCGUCGACAAUGGGGACCGCUCAGCUUUAUCUCGUAUUGGGUCUCCGAUGCCUUUAAUGCAGCUACAUGGCAGUUUGCUAGCAGUAUAAUAGCAGUCGGCCUUAGCUGGCGCGAAUCACUCAUAAUCGUCGCUAUUUCGUUCUUCAUCAUGUCUUUCGUCAUCGCGGGCAACGGCGCUGUCGGUGCGAUCUAUCACAUUCCGUUCCCGGUGAUCUCACGGGCUAGCUGGGGAUUCUGGGGAUCAUACGUCGCCAUUGUUUCUCGGGUCAUCUUAGCACUGUUCUGGUUCGCGAUUCAGAACGUCAACGGCGGCAACGCCGUGCGUGCCAUGAUUGGAGCCAUCUGGCCUAGCUUCUUGAGGGUGAAGAACGAGAUUCCUGAGGAUCAGGGCAUUACAACGAAUGGCAUGGUCGGAUACUUUAUCUUCUGGCUGUUUCAACUUCCGUUUCUCUGCAUCCACCCGAACAAAGUGCGGUGGCUGUUCGUGGUCAAGUCCGUGCUUGUGCCGAUCGCAUGGAUUGCGAUUUUGAUCUGGGCAUUCGUGGCAGAGGGAGGAGGUGCAAUGUUCGAGCAGAAAGCGACUGUCUCGGGGUCACAGUACAGCUGGGUGUUCUUGGCGAGCAUGACAUCGGUUCUGGGGAACUAUGCCACUCUUAGUGUGAAUCAGUCCGACUUUUCUCGAUACUCGCGUGUUACGGCAAAGUGGCAACUUCUCUAUGUCCCUAUGCUGCCUAUCGUGUUUACAUUCAUCUCAUUCAUCGGCAUUGCUGCCUCCUCAGCUGGCUACGCCAGAUAUGGCGGUUCAGUCCCAUGGGACCCGAUCGAGCUAAUCAGCCACUGGUCCAGCCGGUCAUGUCGCUUUUUCGCAGCCUUCUCAUUCGCUCUGGCUUCUCUGGGUGUCAACAUCUCCGCCAACUCGAUCUCAGCAGCCAACGAUCUGAUGGCCCUGUUUCCAGGACACGUCAAUUUGCGCCGAGGCCAGAUCAUCUGCGGUAUUUUAUCAUGGGCUCUGGUGCCAUGGAAGAUUCUUGAAUCGGCGGACAGCUUCUUGAACUUCAUGUCAGCGUAUGCCAUCUUCCUAGGACCGAUUGCAGCUAUCAUGCUAUGGGACUUUUGGCUGCUAAAGCAUGGAAAGUAUGAUACCCUGGCUCUGUACCAGCCAAACAACCCGGUGUACCGAUACUCGAAAUGGGGCGUGAACUGGCGCGCCAUUGUAGCGUUUAUUGUCGGCGUGGUGCCGAGUCUGCCAGGGCUGAUCAACUCUGUCAACAGCAGUGUCUCGGUUGGCGUGGGUAUCCACCCGUAUCAGUUCGGAUGGCUGCUGGGAUUCGUGGGAACCAGCGUAGUGUAUGUAGGGUUAUCGUGGCUAUUCCCUGCCCGACAUGCUAUUAUCGACAGGGCUGUGAUGGCAGAAGAGAUCUACGACGGACGGGAAGUUGACGGAGAAUCCGAAGAAAAGUUGGACAACAUGCACGAGAAGGCCAAAGUAUAA